AUGGCGGUUAUGGCAACCCUUCUGCUUCUGCUUGUGUUGCUAAUCGUGAGAGCCGUGUAUGCGACGUUCUCGUUUUACUGGCUGACUCCGAGACGCAUCAAGAAAAUAAUGGCGAGGCAAGGAGUGCAUGGCCCUGAACCGCGGUUUCUCGUUGGCAACCUCGGCGAUGUGUCUUUUUUCGUUGCUGAAUCUACCUCCAAGGACAUGAAGCCCAUACGCCACGACAUCGUGGAUCGCCUCUUGCCUCAUUACGUCAGAUGGACCAAACAAUACGGGAAGAGAUUCAUAUAUUGGAAUGGGGUUGAGCCUCGCCUGUGCUUGACCGAGAUCGACCUCAUCAAGGAGUUGCUUUCCAAGUACAGCACACAAACUGGAAAAUCAUGGCUUCAGCAACAAGGAUCAAAGCACUUCAUCGGGAGAGGGCUCUUGAUGACUAAUGGGGACGAUUGGAUUCACCAGCGCCGCAUCAUCGCUCCUGCGUUCAUGGGAGACAAACUCAAGAGUUAUUCUGGGUUCAUGGUGGAGUGCACUAACCAGACGCUGCAAUCACUGCAAAAGGACAUAGACUCGGGUCGAACCGAGAUCGAGAUCGGUGAGUACAUGACUAGGCUCACGACCGACAUCAUUUCUAGGACUGAAUUUGGGAGUAGCUACGAGAAGGGAAAGCAAAUAUUCCAUCUUUUGACAGUUUUACAGCAAAGAUGUGCUCAAGCAAGCCGGCAUUUGUGUCUUCCCGGAAGCCGGUUCUUUCCCACCAGAUAUAAUAAGGAGAUCAAGACAUUGAAGAUGGAGGUGGAAAGGCUCCUGAUGGAGAUAAUUGAAAGCAGAAAAGACUGUGCUGAGAUUGGACGGAGUUGUACGUAUGGCGAUGAUUUACUCGGCAUGCUGUUAAGCGAGAUCAAGAUGACGGGCAGGAAUAAGAGUGCAUGUAGUCCUAGCAUGCAAGUGAUCAUGGAUGAGUGCAAGACGUUUUUCUUUGCCGGGCAUGACACAGCCGCGCUUCUGCUCACAUGGACCAUCAUGCUACUGGCAACCAACCGGUCUUGGCAAGAUAAGGUCCGCGCUGAGGUGACUCGGGUCUGCGACGGUGAAAAUCCUUCAGUCCAUCAUCUUCCCAAACUCAGCUUGCUGAAUAUGGUUAUUAACGAAUCCUUAAGACUCUAUCCACCGGCAUCACUUCUUCCGCGCAUGGCCUUCGAAGACAUCAAGCUAGGCGACCUUCACGUCCCGAAGGGAUUAUCAAUCUGGAUCCCGGUGCUAGCGAUUCAUCACAGCGAAGAGUUGUGGGGAAAAGAUGUCAACGAGUUCAAUCCCGAGCGGUUCGCAUCCAAACCAUUCUCAUCAGGUCGGUUCAUGCCAUUCGCGAUGGGCCAGCGGAAUUGCGUUGGCCAGUAUUUCGCUAUGAUGGAAGCGAAGAUCAUAUUAGCGAUGCUGGUAUCGAGGUUUAGCUUCACAAUCUCAGACAGUUAUCGUCAUGCCCCUGUUACUGUCCUCACCGUAAAACCUAAGUACGGGGUUCAAAUAUGUUUGAAACCCCUGAAUCCAUGUGAGAAUGGUUGUUCUGAUUAG